CUGUCGUUAGAUGUCAUAUUACCUAAAAUCAUUGUAUAGAACUUACAUUAAUCUACACUCUACAACAAAAUGUUGUUCUCUCUGAAAUUCGCAAUUACUUUCGCGCUCAUGCUGGGCGUGCCUGCCGAAUUGUCCGUUAACAGUUACGAGGAUCCAGCAUAUCCCGGCCGUUGUGUCAUCGACAUUCCCUCUUCAGUUGUUCUGCUCACCGCGGGACAGGCCUUUAAGCUGCCCAACUUGGACUGUACCACAAUAUUCUGCAUCAGCGAUGGCUGGGGCACAAUCUUUACCUGUGAGAAACAGGAACCGCCAGAUGAUUGCCGUUUCUCAGAGCCACUGAAUCCGGAUGCCUUCUAUCCGGAGUGUUGCAAGCGUCGCGUGGUUUGUGAUUAAAAAUAUCAAUCAUCAUUUUGUUGCUAGUUAAAUUUCAAUCUAAAUUUGCCAACCAGAAAUUAAAUACAAUAAAA